GUGUGAUUUGGUAAAACGCCGCGGGCAGUUGUCGAGGACUGUGAGUAAACAUGAAGGUCCUCAUUUUGGCUGGAGGAUAUGGUACUCGCUUGGCUAGGGAUCUGGAGAACCAUGCAGAUGCAUACCCCCAUCUAGUGGGCGUGGCCAAGCCCCUCCUACCAGUCGCUGGACAACCGUUGAUCUCCCACUGGAUGGAUAUGCUCAGACAAUGUCCGCAAACUUACAACAUCAAAGAAAUCUAUAUUGUGGUGAACGAAGCGUUUCGUGGUCAGUUUGAGACAUGGCGUAGUGACUACCCUGAGGUGGAGUUGGUGUGUGAUGGUACACACUGCAAUGAGGAGAGGGUGGGGGCUGUCGGGUGUAUAGAGUUGGGGAUGCGGCACUUUAGUAUCCAUGACGACCUGGUGGUGAUCGGAGGUGACACUCUGUUUAGGGAAGAUUUCAAUCUGACAGACUUUUUGGAAUCCUUCCACACCUCCCCCUGUCGAGAGGUGGGCGGGGCUAUGGCUCCCUGUUACAAGUGCAAGGACGAAGACACAGUGAAGCUUGGUAUAGUGGAGGUGGAUGACAAUGAACAAGUGACAUCUUUCCUGGAGAAACCAUCCCCACACAGCACAGCAUCACGACUAGCUUGUCCAUGUUUCUACAUCUUCUCAAGUGGUUGUCUGGAGCUCAUCUCUCAGUUUCUGGAGGAGAAGAAAACUGGUCCUGUCAGUGACAGAGAUGCUACUGGUCUAUUUAUAAAGUACCUCAGCUCAAGGAGGCCAGUGUACGUGAAGGAGAUCAGUGGGAGAUUCGACGUGGGAAACCUGCAAUCUUAUCUAGACUGUAUUAAACACUUCAAACCAUAAAAAUUGUUAGGUGUUGUCAUGUUUAAGUCUUUAAUGAUUGUGUAUAUACGCAUGCUUGUGAUGUACGUCAUAUACGAUAUGUUAAAGUGAAA